CCGAUGCUCGCAAAUCGUUGCGCUCUAGUAGGAGCGAGGCCUCCAGUCCUUUUGUUCCAAGCUAUUGGCUACUUUUAUAAGUUGUCUAGGUGCUGUGUCCAAGACUCAACUCAAGUUGGAAAGUGCAACAUAAGCCUGGGAAAUGUGGAAAAUAGCCUAAAUUGGUUUUCUGAAGUGAAACUCGGUUUUGUUCAAUUGUGAAGUUAUUAAGACGGAAGUCUGUAGAAUUCGAACUAUUCGAAAUAGGGACAACUGUAGAGCGCAGCUUGGGCUUAUGAAAGAAAUUUAAAAGAAGAAGAUUGUGUGUAAAUGUCUGGUGGUUUCUGCAUUUGGAAGUUGGCGGAUUCAACAAUUCUAGAAAAAGGCACACUGAGCACCCCGCACAAAUUCGGUCCCUGGUAGUGCUGGCCUGGCGGAUUUCGGGCCCAGGUCGGACGAAAGAAAAUAUGUGCGUUCCCGCUGGCGUUGCAACACUUCGCAUGAUUCUGCCGGGGCAUUGUUAAACAAGAGAAGAGAUCCGAUUAGUGGAUAAGUAAUACUUGAACAACUCCAGCAGCAAUAAUAGUGCCGUGGUGAUUCGUUACGAGUAGUGGGGUGGUAUCGGGGCAAUAUGUGUGCCACGGUCAACCUGCAAACUGCCGUAGAAACUGCUUCUGUUGCUGGCCCUAAGCGCGGCUUUUCGAGUGGUGCUACCAAGAAGGCGCCAGCCUGUGGAUGUUAGGACGAGAAGAGGAAACUUCCGCAUAAUAGAAAAGAAGCCAAACUUGCUUCCCCGCCGCUCUGGGCCACAUCGGGUUUGAUCCCAGGACUCAACCUUGGUCCGCGUGUGUUGUUUGUGAUGUGCUCUGCUCUGGGAAAUACGGAAGAAGAAAAUCGUGAAAAACAACAUUGUGGCUCUUUGGCUUCCAUAGCGUCUGUCUAUAUAGCCGCGUGUCUACAGUGAGAAAGUGUGCUUGGCGUUUUGCUGCAGAAGAGUCGGAAGAAUAUCAUAAAAUCAAUAAAAUAAUCAUAAAAGUAAGGCUCUCUAUAUAGUGGUGGAACUGGUGCCGGGCGUGUGUUUGUGCUUGUGGAAAAACAUCAGCAGGAGUUGAGGGUGGCCGGUUGGCAGCAGAGUGCGAGCGAAAGCUUUCUGCCGUUUCCACUCUGAGAUAGCCCAUAACGAGCGGAGCUUGCCGGAGAACGACCGAUCCUUGAGAAGAGCGAGAGAAGAAUCACCCAAAGGAUAGAGGGUGGUAGUAACCAUCCGAGUGACAACAAUCCAUCGCUGCCGCCGCGGUCAGUUCCGAUUAUUGUGCCGUGGUGGGCUCCCUGUGUUGGUGUGUCUGGAGAGCAUUCCAGUUGGAGUCUGAAGAACGGAUACUGGUGAAGAAGAUGAAGAAAUAAGAAGAUAACGGUGCACAGAAGGAGCAAAAAGAAAAGUGUGGGUGAUAAAGGGAACAGACAGUUUUCGUUUUGACAUAUAUACUUAUCGAGAAAGGACACAACAGGCGAUGCCCAGCGAGAAAGGUAUCUCCCAGUCGAGGAAAGUGCCACGUGAAUAAUUUAGAGUGUACGAUUGCUCUUUUAUUUUUAGAAUAUCGUGAAAAACUGUGAAAAGCUUAGGGGAUUUGUGCGGUUUCUGAAUUAUAGAAAGGGAUAAAGAGUUUUGUAUUUACCUACAAAUAACAAGUGCGGGUCUCAAAUAGAGUGUGUGAGUGAGAGUUAAGGGAGUUUAGAGGAGCCAGAACAGACGAAGGAUACGGAAAGUUGGGUGGGGAUGAGGUGGUCCACCGUCCUAGCUGUUUUCGUCGUUGUCUCUAAACUGUAUUCAGACAGCGCCAGCAAAGUGGACGAAACCAGGUGCUGCAAUCUGCUGAUUGGCCGCUGUACCAACAAUGAGGAGUGGUAGCUCAGAACUUCUGCUCGAACAACAAGCAGAAGAGCUACGAAAGAAAAAACUGCUGGAACUAGCGGCUGCCAAGAAAGCAAAAAAUGGUCCCGCACCGAAGCGAACGCUGCGCGAAAAUGCCAGCUUCUAUACGACUUCCAGUUUGGCGUUCCUCUCGGUGACAGCCGGAGCUUCGCUGUUAUUCCUGGUUCCUCUCUAUGUCGAUCCGGCGAUCUCGACGCUGGUCGGCGACUUCGUCGAGCAGCCCACAAUGUGCGUUACGACGCGGCGCGAAGAUAUGACCGGGCUGUUCAACUGCUCGUGGAGUUCGUGUCGCGAAGGUUGCACCUCGGAUGUGUUCAAGUGCACUCAUAUCUAUGUGACGUUCAUCGACGAUCUGAACUUUACGUUCCCUUUUAAUGCGACGCCCUCGGAGCUGUUCAAUCUGACCGAUAUCGAGCGAUCGGAGGAAGCGAUCCUUUUGGUGAACAUAAAAGGCUGCGGUUACCCACCGACGGUCAAGUGCAAAAACUUCACCGAUCUGUACGGCUUCGAGGGCGCAGUGUUUCCAUGUUACUACUCGAAGCAGAAUAAAACGGUCGUGAUGACUGCGUACAACCGGGAGGAGCAGUUGCAGACGAUCAUACACUUUUUCGUGAUUCCAUUCAUCAUUACGGUCGUCUCGUCGGUGUUUCUUUGCGUAAUGCACUGUGAUUGUAGAUGUAAGAAGGAGCGACGACGACGGCAUCGACACCGACGGCCUAGGAUAGAGAAUCUAAGUGAUUCAUCGAUAUCGACCCGAGUCGAUAUGCUGACGCCCGCGAUCGAAGUAUACAAACCACCCCUCUGACACAAGGAUGACACCCUGGAGAGCAACCUCGGCAAUCCAUCGACCAGUAGCGAUCUAUGACGAGGUGCACUGUUGCUGGCGGUACGCCACUGUUGCCUGAACUAGUAGCGAGGCUCUUCCCCCACCACAGCAAGUCAUCUUGUGAGCGUACCGUACAUCGAACGUUACUUUCCGAACGAUGGUGAUCCGCUUCAUCAGGUGAAUCCUGCCGCCCAUCGGUGGUAAGUUUUGCCAAGGUAAAGAUGAGGACGACUGAGCCGAUAAAAUCAUUUAUGGGCUACCAUCGAAGGUGGACAGCUGAACAGCCAGACACACACGUGAGUGUCAUAAAUUAGAAGCAGGGUAUUCGAAGGAUAAUGCUGCUACUAGUUAGAAACCGGCGCGACGGAAGUCAUCGCAGGACGAUGAUGGUUCCGUUCUAUUUGACUUAUCUUUUCUCGAUGUUAUUGUUAUUAUGAUUAUUAUUAUCGAUGGUGCUCCAACGAGUGAGGAUGAGCGUCAGUGGCACAAUGGUGUUUGACUGUUGGAUACGUGAUGUUAGACGAAAGAACGUUAGGCAUGACUGAUGGUAAAUAUCAUGCACAAUAGGCAUAUUGAAUACUGUAUCUCCUCUAAAAAAACAACUUGUUCUUGUGUUACAUGAGUUAUGUCCAACUUCUCAUACGCCUAAUAAUUUGUUGAAUAUGAAAUCAUAAGGUCGGAUUUUUUUAUAUUAAUUUAAACAACAUGCUUUCAGGACUAUCUAACAGUUGAGCACCAUUGCCGAUUACCGACAACAGUAGCAGCAUGAAGAUGAAAUAGAAGCAUACAAUCUAUGUAAGCUAGAGUCACCUGAGAAGAAUGGCGUAAAACAUAGCAAAAAAUAACAGCAGCAGUAGCGAGUCUAUAAAACCAAAAAAAGAAACUGUCUCUUCUGGGUGUCAAAUUAAGCAGCAAAUCGAUCUAAUAGGAUUAAAUUCAAUUGACUAAAGAAAUGGAUAUAGUCGAUAACAGAAACAGAGCUAUAAACUAAGUAGCAACACUAAGUAAAAUCCCAUGUAAGUUAAAUCUAUACAUACCCACACAAACGUACCGUACACAUACAGAGAAACCAAUCUUACAUAUACGACAGGAGUAACUCGCAUCGGACGAGUAUAGGAAUGAUUUGUGAACUGACAAGGAGAAGCGUACAUCCGAAUAGCAAAUAAUCUAACCGUAAGAGGAAAAUUAGUCUAAGUAGGAUUAAACAAGGUAAACCGUAGGAUUUAAAAUUAUACACAAUUGGUUUGGGCUAGCUGCGAUGGCUGAGGGCCGCAGGCGAAUGGGUUACGUGAACUAUUUUGGAAUUGAAUUGAGCGAGGUUUUUGUGCAAUGUUAUCAUUUGUUACAUUCGUUAAUCAUUUGGCGAAUGUGAAAACGCUCAUGUCCACUCAUGGUUGAUUAGAGCUUGAACAUUAGGGUUAUUAUGCAGACUCAAGAUUUGGCAAAUAUAAUUCUAACCUCUAGCCAAACUCAGGCAUAUUACACAAUCUCUGUUUUCAUAAAAAGAAAAUUCGUGUGUGUUUAUUUCUCUUUAAGAAACAUAGUAAUAUUUAUUUGAACUCCGAUGAUCUUCUCUAUUUUAAUUCAUAUUUGUACCAAUAUGCUUGUUUGAAUAAAAUUAAUAUUUUAUUAGUUAUUGUGGAUAUGCAGACAUGGGUUUGACAUGCAGCACAAUCAUGAUAAAACCAACAAUGUUGAUACUGCUCAAUCGCUAUGUUACAGCCGAACAAUAGUAAAAUAAUUCACAUGUACCAUCGCCGGAUGUAUUAUCACAGAUAAGCACACAUUAUUCUUCGAACAUCGAAACUAUCGCAAAAACAUGUUCACCCUAUGUUGAUCAUCAUCAAGUGGAAACCAGGUGGAGAUAGUGCGCUAAUUUUUAACUCAUAUAAAGUCGGUACGAACGGGUCGUCGACCACUAAACCAUGGCAACAAAACGAUUAUCGGAAUUCACGUGAUGCAUUCUCAUGAUGAGUAUUCUCUAUGACUGUCACGUUUGCUUAUAUGUGAUAAAACUUGAAAUCAUCAUCCAGCUAGUUAUAAACUUAAUAAAAAAAACAACAACAUCAAGAGAUUCAUACGCAAAGACAGCAAAACAGAAAACCCCAUUCGUUCUAAGUUUUCUUUAGCGGUAGCGCAUUUGAGAACAUAAGUCGGAAAAUAAUUAAUUAACUCGAAACACAUUUCAAAGAAACAAUUAGGCAAGCAAUCGAAAUUUUAUUCCCAAUCUCGGUAAAAUAGGACUACUCAAAAUCGGAGGAAAAGUCUCUGCAAUUGGCGAGAAAACUGAACAAAACAGCAAUAAUUACAAUUGGUCACAUACUUUAUGUAGCAAAAUUUUCAUUCUUAGGUUUUAAAACGAAUUUCACGUUCACAUUAGUUGCCGAGUGCGCUUCAAACUGCUAAUAAUUGUGCGCGUAGUAGAGUUACAUAUGAGGGAAACGAUGACCAUACAAAAUCAGUGUAAGAGCAGCGAAACCGGAUUAGUUUCUUUCAUCAAGAUCGAUGCAAUUAAAAGCCUUUGAACACUAGAAA